AUGAAGACAAAACCAGAAGAAAUGGCAAAGGGGAAUCAUACUACAGUCACCGAGUUCAUUCUCUUCGGCUUCACGGAUCGUCAAGACAUUAAGCUUGCACUCUUCAUGAUCUUCCUAGCCAUCUAUGUGGCCACUCUGGUGGGCAACAUUGGCAUCAUGGCUCUAAUCUGGAUCAGCCCCUGUCUUCACACUCCAAUGUACUUUUUCCUUAAUAACCUUGCCUUCCUUGACCUCAGUUAUUCCUCUGCCAUUACUCCUAAGAUGCUGACCAAUUUCUUAGCAGAGAGAAAGACUAUUUCGUUUGCAGGCUGCAUUGCACAAAUGUAUUUGUUUGCUUCCUUGGCAGAUGCAGAGUGUCUCCUGCUGGCUGCUAUGGCAUAUGAUCGCUAUAUAGCCAUUUGUAACCCACUGCUCUAUCCUGUUCUCAUGUCUCGUAAGGUGUGCAUCUGGCUGGUCACAGGGUCCUAUCUCACAGGCAGCAUGAGCUCCUUGGUUCACACUUGUUUUACAUUCCAUCUUUCUUUUUGCGAUUCCCGUGUCAUCAAUCAUUUCUUCUGUGACAUUCCUCCAUUGUUAGCCCUCUCCUGCUCUAGCACCCACAUCAGUGAGAUCCUCCUCUUUGCCCUGUGUGGCUUUAUCCAAACAAGCACCUUCGUCGUCGUCUUUUUCUCUUAUGCCUUUAUCCUUUGCACCAUCCUGAAGAUCCCCUCUGCCAAAAGCCGCCACAAAGCUUUUUCGACUUGUACCUCCCACCUGACAGCUGUAGCCCUUUUCUAUGGCACCCUCAUCUUCAUGUAUCUACGACCGAGUUCAAGUUAUGCUCUAAACACGGACAAAAUCAUCUCUGUGUUUUAUACAGUGGUGUUCCCUAUGCUGUACCCCUUGAUCUACAGCCUGAGGAACAAAGAGGUGAAGGAGGCUUUGAAGAGAACAUUGGAAAGAAACGUGCAUUGCUGUAAGUGGUGA